CUAUCGUCAGAAGGUCCGAACAACCCCUGAAAUUUUUUCUGAUGGGCUCUCUGCUGUGCCGAUCUGCAAGAAGGAACAAGGACUAGUGCAGAUUGUUUGCGAAUCAGACAAGGAAACGCGCGAGUAGAGGAAGAGAAAGAAGACGCUUAAAUUUUGAAGGGACAAAGACGACGGACGCAACAAAGAUAGGCAAGCACUGUGACGAGGGCACGGGAGGCAGGGAGCAACACAAGGGAUGCAGUGAUGACAAAGGGCAGCGAUGGAACAGUGCCCAAGUCUCUGUGGACGUCUCUACUUUUGCUCUUCGUCGUGGUCGCCGGGGCCACCACCUAUCACUCUCGAAUACAUACUUUCGGAAGUUUAAAUUGGCUCAGUCAAGGCCCUCGAUCAAUUGGCAUACUCGCUGCAUGCGGGCUUGCUUUGCUACUGGCUGUGACUAUCGUUUGGCGUGUGCGGCUUGCGAGCCUUCACAAGGCGAUAAUUUGGGGCGAUCAGAUCGUAGUCGUGACAGGGGCCGCUGGCGGCCUUGGCUCAGCUUUGGUUCGCGCAUUUUCCGAAAGGGGAGCUCGAAUUGUUGUGGCCGUCGAUCUCAAGCCUACAGCAAACUCCAAUGCGGCCAAAGCUGAAUACGGGAUCAAGGCGAUCCAAGCCGAUCUGAGCGAUUCGCAGCACGUCAAGGAUCUCGCUUCCGCAAUCCAUCGAGAGUUUGGGAAACCCACGGUUCUCGUCAAUAAUGCUGGAAUCAUGCACGGCAAGCCUCUCCUGGAGCUUCAAGAGGGCGAGUUCGAGAAGUCAAUGAAGGUCAAUGUGUUGUCUAGCUACUACACUUUGCGCGAGUUCCUGCCUUCGAUGGUGGAAGCCGAUUCUGGACAUGUCAUCACGACGGCUUCGAUAAUGAGUUACAUUCCCAUCUCUCACCUCACCGAUUAUGUGGCCUCGAAGCACGCUCUUUUGGGCCUCGUCGAGUCGCUGCACUACGAAAUGAAGAAGUCCGGCGUCUCGUUCUGGCUCCUCGUCCUGGGAAAGCUUGACACGCCACUCUUUGCCGCUGCUCGUGUCCCGAAUUUCGCCGAGCUCCUUGCCCCAACGCAGGACCCGGAGUAUGUGGCAAAAGCUGUCAUCGACCGACUUGAAGCUCUCGGAAAUGGGAAGGGUGGUCUUCACUAUCUCCACCUUCCCCUGUAUGCUCGCUUCGUCGCUCUCCUCAAGGCGAUGCCGACGUUUGUCAUGUCGUGGUCGAAAUGGCUCACCGCUGCCGACGAAGCGUUACAAGCGAAAACAUGAUGUGAUUGUGAUUAUAUUUGUACAAUGCUUAGAGUACUGUGUCGACUAGAGCUUGCCCCGAAGACCAACCUUCCACAUGUUCCACGGCAACCGCCACCCUCUUCCGCUGGCUACCAGAGGCAGGCUCGGAUCAAAGACGUCAAAGUCCUUUCGCUGCAGCUCCUCGAGAAAGGUUCUCGCUGGAACGGCCGCGACCAAGGGCCCAAUAGCUGCCGGUGGUAUCCGCCCCUUGAACUCGUCUCGUAACAGAGUCCUGGCCGUGAUGAGGUAGUCAUUUGCGCGUGUAGCCGUGUCAAAGACGGCAUC